UGAAAUCGAUACUUGCCCGCCAUUGCCUCCAAUUACUUCCAUGACAUAAACUAUUUUUCCUCCUUUCCUUCUGUCUCUGAUUCCUUAUGCUUGACUUGGAGGAGUAAAUAACAAAUCACCAAAAAAAAUCAUGUUAUCUGCGGCGAGAGCUCAGGGGUCAUGUCCCCAAUGCAGGCUUCGGCUUCUUACUCUAUUCGACAAUAGCUUUGCAAAUCUGCGUCUUGAUGCCCCGCGAAGCCUAUCCCACGCCACAUCGUCGAAUAGCAGAACUUUUUCAUAUGGCCGGAGGGGUCAUGCCCGACUCUUCUCCACGACGAAGCGCAAACUUCAAACCUCACAACCACCUGAGAAUGCCUCACCAUCUGAGAAUACCUCGCCAUCUGAGAAUACCUCACCACCUGAAAACAAUGCAUCAUCAAAACCUAGUGAGAUUGAAAUCACCGUGCGCCAAGCGAAACACACAUUUGGCGACACAUUACCCAAGGGCUAUCUAAAUGAGGAGGAAUACAAGGUAUACGAACGGUUGUAUGGCGCGCCUCUGCGCGAGACUCAGCCUGAAGAUGUAGGGAUGCCCACGGCCGAAUUCAUACUUGGGCCAGACGACUCUGAGGACUUGACUCCGGAGUUUUUGGAGAAACGAAUGGAGCAUAUUAUGAGAGAAAAGGCAUUUUUAGAACAGCUUGACGAAAAUACGGAGCGGGAGGGACGAGUGUUCGAAACAGUUGAGCCUGAUACCCCGCUCGCUAGUCCAGAAGAACCUCCAAAUACUCUUGCGGCAGAUGAAGAGGCAUUCCAGGAAAUACCACCAGGGGAAACGCGAUGGGUGAUUACCCCAUCUGAGGAAAUAGCCGAGGAAUUUGGGGAAUUGCUAUCACAGGACAUACCAUCAGAGAAACUACCAAACGAAGUACCAGCAGAUGAUCUACCAUCGGAGGCUGGGUUGUACUAUAUCAAUGCCGUCGCCAAAAACGAAAGAGAAUAUAACGCUCUGCUAAAACUUCAGAAAGAUUUCGAAAGGGCUUCCUUGCAAGCGGCCGAAGAAAAGGCAGCGGCGGAGGCGGAGGCGGCGGAGGAAGAGGAAGAGGAACGUGAACGGGAACAAGAAGAGGACGAAGAAGAGGACGAAUACGAGGAGGAAGAUGAGGGAGAGCCAGAUGCGACAUUUCAACCUACAGAUACCAGGGUUCACCCACAUACAAAGUUAGGUCAAUGGCGAACAAACCCCAGUACCGUUCAUCUUCCCAAAGCAGAAUUCGUCAACCCAAUCGGUCAACUGCUAAACCGAACCGAUAUCAAACAUGUCAAGGAAGCUGCUGAGAAGGUGUUUGGGGGUGUUGGAUUACCAAACUCGGUCGCCACUUUGCCACCCAGGAGGAAACCCCCACAGCAAGCUGUAGCGAUACAGGCAGGUCAUCAUAAGCUAAGUGAGAUUGAUGCUGAUGCCUACAUCGCGACCAAUCUCCCGGGGAUGUAUGCUUCAGUGAUGAGCAUACUAGUCGAGACCCGGAAACGUCUAGGCUCCGAGUGGGUUUCCAAGCUCAUCUCCAGAGGAAAUGGUGAGGGACCUCGGGUACUUGACGUUGGUGCCGGUGGAGCUGGUCUGGCAGCCUGGCAACAAGUCCUACAGGCUGAAUGGGAACUCAUGUCCGAAGGAGGUAAGAGGCCCAUGCAUGAGCCUCCUGGAAAGAAGACGGUUGUAGUUGGAUCCAAUCAGCUACGCCAGCGGAUAUCACGAUUUCUGCACAACACUACUUUCCUUCCACGACUACCAGAUUAUUUGCAUCUAGGCGAGCACCCCGAAAUGUUGAACGCUGGCGAACAACAACAGCCCAAGAAGACAUUUGACGUCAUCAUUGCCUCUCAUUUAUUGAUGCCCCUGAAAGAAGGGUACCAGCGUAAGAAUAUGAUUGAUAACCUGUGGGAGAUGUUGUCGCCGGAGGGUGGUGUUCUCAUCGUCAUGGAAAAGGGUCAUCCACGAGGCUUCGAAGCAGUAGCCGAUGCCCGUUCUCGAUUCCUCAACGAUUUCAUUGUUUCUCCUAGGUCAGAUCCCCAGCCUGAAGCAAUCGAACCCGAAGAGCGAAGGGUUCGCGAGCCAGGCAUGAUCAUUGCUCCUUGCACUAAUCAUAAGGAAUGCCCCAUGUAUCUGACACCGGGGCUCACUGCUGGGCGAAAGGACUUCUGCCAUUUCAGCCAGCGCUUUAUUCGACCACCAUUCUUACAGCAAGUUCUCGGGUAUAGUCACCGCAAUCAUGAAGACAUCAACUUUAGUUUUGUGGCUAUUCAGCGUGGAAAACUACCAGGCAUGGAGCCGGUUCCUGUCCCUGAGAAGCAAGGCACUGAAACCCUGAGGGCCUUUGAAGGGUACGAACAUGAUACAGAAGAACCAAACCCCUUUUCCCUUCCUCGAAACAUUCUCCCUCCGCUAAAGCGACAUGGCCACGUAACACUUGACCUUUGCACGCCAAACGGCCACAUUGAAAGAUGGGUUGUUCCGAAGAGUUUCAGCAGGAAAGCGUACCACGACGCACGCAAGACGCAGUGGGGCGACCUGUGGGCGUUGGGAGCCAAGACCAGAACGAAGCGAGAACCUCGACUUGGACGCGGCGGCCCGGUACCCAACGAUGGCGGCGUGCGAGCUCGCGCAGCAUUGGAGGGAAACAAACCGAGAGUGAUUAACUUGAAUGCCAAUUCUAGCGGCAUCAUUAGUGCUAGAGAAAAGGCCGGGAAGCGUCCCCCGAUCGAGAGGAGGACGAAGGGAAACAAGAAAAAGCAGAUUCAGGACUUGUUGGAGGAGCUCAAGGAGGAUGGGUUCCAGUGAGUGUUACCUAUGGUAUUACGCGCUGCUUAAUCAUGAAACUGGAAAUACAAAAUGUAUGAAAUCGCCGAGGAAAUCCAUGGAUUUGUAUGUAGGCAUGCAUUACCUACCCCUAUGUACAUGUAAUACUACUAGGUAGUACUAUUUGCAUGUAGUUUGUACAUCUCCUAUCAGGGGCCGCGGAAGUCGGUCUGCGGCCAUUAGAAUGAUAACCUAAUUGGUGGCAUAUGA